AUGACUGCGGCUGAUAAUGAAUAUCCGAAGGCAUCAAAUGCCACCUUGAUUGGAGCCAGUAUAACAUAUGUGGCAGGCCUGUUUUUGCUGCUAUCGUUUGCGGGCCCUUAUUGGAUAGAGUCAUAUCCUGAAAUGUUUUCAUCUUUUAAACACAUGGGCUUAUGGGAGUAUUGCUUUGACCGUUUCCGAUUUCCUUCCUAUCAAUUUGACAAAUUAUUCCAUGGAUGUCAUUAUAUAUUUAGUCAGGAGUACUAUGUCAUUCGUGAAUGGUUAUUGCCAGGCUGGUUGAUGAGUGUACAAGCAUUUGUAACACUUGCUCUCAUACUAUCUUUCACUGCCCAGAUCCUUCUUGCAUGUGUGAUUGUAAGGUGGCCUUUGCGUCCAGUGUUGCGUUAUGAAUGGAUAUUUGUUACAAUUUCAUUUAUAAUAGUGACUUUAUCCAGUGGCUUCUUAUUUCUGGCUGUAGCAAUAUUUGGUGGUAACUGCUAUCGUCGUGACUGGCUACUUUAUCCUUCAUUUAAUGUUUUGUCUUGGUCUUAUGCAUUUGCUGUAAUUGCCUUCAUAUUGUUUGGUGCUGCUGCCAUUCUUCUUUACCUUGAAUCACGCAAGUUGUAUGAGUUACGUCUUGAAGCAAGAAAUCUAGUUGCACAAAUGCAGCAUAGUCAGCCUGAACAUGCAUUGCAUCAACUUCGAGAUCAGCUGCAGCAGCAACGUGGAAUAGGUGAGCAUAAUUAUAAAAUAUGGAUUGAAUCUCAACAAGCACUUCAAGCAUACGCAACAUGA